AUGGCUGCCAGAGCUAUAGCCAUGUAUCAAAGCCGUCGUGAUCAGAGAUACCCGCCUGGUGAGCGGCGAAUAUUCUGUGGCGACCCAGGGGCGCGAGCUUAUGAAGAGAUCGACGUCAUCCGCAGCGGCAGGAACUACGGCUGGAACAUCAAGGAGGGGAACGAGUGCUUCGACAGCUCCAAGUGCAGCAAUGGAACAAUAGAGAACGAAGCACUGCCGAUCUACGUGUACAAUCACACCAACCUCUUUCAUGCCGUCGUCGGGGGAUAUGUGUACAGAGGCAAGAAGCUUCCUGAUCUGUACGGGCGCUAUCUGUACGGAGACGCCAUGACAGGAGUCAUGUCGGCAUUGACCGAGGGCAGCGACGAUUGUCCGUGCGGUGCCAGGGCGCGACCUAGAAACUUCAUACUGACCUUUGGUCAAGAUGAACAAGGGGAGAUGUACCUUUUGACGACGUCUUCAAUAACGGCGUUCAAAGACGACGGCGUUGCUUUGAAAAUAGUGUCAUCACUUGGGGAGAAGGCGGUAACUUGUGGGUGUGGUGGCAGGGGCGAGUCAACAGUCGUGGUGGUCAUGCUGGUGAUGUCGGUGCUGACGUGGUUCGGUUCUUGGAUUGUUGAAGACGUCGACUGAAGACUUUAUGUAUUUGCUAGAUCGUAAUCCGAACUUAUGUAAUUCUUAUAAACUGAGAUGUUUGGUAACGGGAACUGUAUGUCAUAUGCAGACCUCCACACACCAGGGUUCUGCAUUUUUAUAUUGGAAUAUGUUUGGUCAGGAAUGUGUCACAAAGUGCAAGAUUCGAGGGUUGUUCUGGGGUAACCAUGAGGAACUGGUAUAUUCACUGAACGUAGGCACGGAUGUUUACAAGUGGUUGAUAUCAGCAUGUAUAAGGUAGUGUGGCUCAAGACGCGGGCAGACUUUGAGAUGCAUCACUCUGUGGAGACUUCUCUGAAUGUUGUAAUACACUUCAUGAUACGUUGACGUAAAAUUGAGGUGAAGCACCGUGACAAAAAACUUUAAGUUUUUAUUUAGAUAGUUCGAAGCCUUGUAUGUGUUUGUUACGAGAGGUGAAAGAAAUGACCCAAGGACAAUAAAAUGAUGUAUUCUUUAA